GGGCGUGUCGGGGUUGCAAGGCCACCUGAGGGGUGGCGGCCCGGGUUCUUUGAACCCGGUCGCCCAACGGUGGCUAUGCUCCUAACACAUACAAUGUGUGUACUGUGGCUGACAUUACUAAGAUUACAUGAAAAGACAUCAUAUAACAUCCUGUACAAUGUUUGGGCCUUGAACCCAUUCCUAGGGCCACGGUGCCCCUUGUGCCAGCUUCUGAAGUUGCUGCUGCUGUAGCUAGAGUCCCAACAGCUACAGCCUGCAACCAAGUAUUUCCCAAACAGCCAAGAAUAACUUAUUUGUCUCAUUUCACUUACAGACAAAAGCCUUGCAGGCAUUUGGACCACAUUUGCCUGCAUCGCGGAUGAACAAUGCAAAUAACAAUACUAAUAACUAGACUCUGGCUGCUCUUCCACUCCUGUCUUUGUUGUUCCUGAGAGUCUGGUUACACCCUCCCCUCCCAGCAACUCACACUAGGGCAAGUUAAGAAUGGCCUAUAAGAGUAUUGCUGCUAAACAUCUAAAUUGGCAGUGCUCAGACAAAACUGCUCCUGCUCUGCAGUUGUGGAGUAAAAAAACCUGCUGCUUGCUUCUCUCCAGUGUUGGAUGCUUCUGAUUGUUCUCCUUUCUCACUAGCAGUGUUUGGUGACUGAAUGCAGGGGUGUACUGUAGCUAUAACUGAGCAAAAGGGUUCAAAGAACCUAGGCCCCCAGCUCUUGAGGGGGCCCCAGCUCCACCUCUCCCUAUUUUCUUCAUUAUCUCCCUCAAUCUGAGGGGCUGCCAAAGUGAGGGGUGAACACAGGUGCCCUCUCUCCAAGCUACGUCCCUGGCUGAAUGCACUGUACAGAGUUAGGCAACAUGAGAAGCUGCAAAGGUGUCACUUGCCCGCAGUGACACCUUGACACGUCACUUGCCCGCAGUGGCACCAAAGGCAUCAUGUGCCCACACUUAGCCCGCAGGCUAAGCCUCUGAACAAGAGAACUUUUUAUCAUGCACUAUAACUCUCUCAUGACAUUGGCUCUUUGCCAAGGUGCCAUGUUUUUUGCACAACCAGAUGGAGUUGUGGUGGGACAUUUGUUUGAGAACUGGACUCUUACAUGUGCUAUGGUUCAAAGUAGGACAGUCUGUAGUGGUAUAUGGGUAGUGGAGACUUGUGCUUUUCCUGUAGGCCAGUUUUAGUCUGUAAGUAAACAAUCAUUUCUCCCCCCCUAGAAAACUGCCAUAUACUGAGUCGACCAGUGGUCCGUCUAGUUCAAGAUUGUCUACACUGACUGGCAACAGCUUGGAGAUCCCAGGGAUGGAAACUGAGGCCUUCUGCAUGCAAAACAGAUGCUCUUUGACUGAGCUAUUGCCCUUCCUCUGGAAUGACUCUCUCAGAAGUUCCAAAUUAGCACAGGCCCUGAUCCUGUGGGGCAAUCAUUGUACACAUAUAUAAAAGGCAUAGGGAAGGAAGUCUACUCAGUUUCAGGAGCUUCUGUCUAAAUGGGUCCAGUUAUGCCUCCCAGUAAGAAGCCAGAGGGCUCGGGAAUUAGUGUUUCCAGUGGACUGAGCCAGUGUUACCGGGAUAGUGACUUAUCAAAGACACUUCAUGACGAUGAGGACUUGGACUUUUCCUUACCUGCUCUCCGAUUGGAAAAAGGGCCCAUGGAAGAUGAAGAACUAACCAACUUGAACUGGUUGCAUGAGAGCAAAAACUUGCUGAAAAGUUUUGGGGACUCAGUCUUAAGAAGUGUUAGCCCAGUGCAGGAACUCGAUGAUGACACCCCUCCCUCUCCCGCUCAUGCUGAUAUGCCCUAUGAUGCCAAGCAGAACCCCAACUGCAAACCACCGUACUCCUUUAGCUGCCUCAUAUUUAUGGCCAUUGAGGACUCUCCAACCAAACGCUUGCCUGUAAAGGAUAUAUACAACUGGAUUUUGGAACACUUCCCUUAUUUUGCAAAUGCUCCCACUGGAUGGAAAAACUCUGUGAGGCAUAAUCUGUCAUUGAAUAAAUGUUUUAAGAAGGUGGACAAAGACAGAAGUCAGAGUAUCGGGAAGGGGUCUUUAUGGUGUAUAGACCCAGAAUAUAGACAAAACCUCAUCCAGGCUUUGAAAAAGACACCCUAUCACCCAUAUUCGCAUGUGUUCAGCACACCUCCCGCAUCUCCUCAGGCAUAUCAAAGCACAUCAGGUCCACCUAUUUGGCCAGGAAGCACCUUUUUCAAGAGAAACGGAGCCCUUCUGCAAGAUCCUGACAUUGAUGCUGCCACUGCCAUGAUGCUUUUGAAUACUCCCCCUGAGAUACAAGCAGGUUUUCCCCCCGGAGUGAUACAAAAUGGAGCCCGCAUUCUGAGUAGAGGGAUCUUCCCAGGAGUUAGACCACUGCCAAUAAACCCCAUUGGAAGCAUGGCUGCUGCAGUUAGGAAUGGAAUAGCAAACUGCCGGAUGCGGACAGAAAGCGAACAGUCCUGUGGAUCCCCAGUGGUUAGCGGUGACCCCAAGGAGGAUCACAACUAUAGCAGUGCCAAAUCUUCCAACCACAGGAGCACAUCGCCCACUAGUGACUCAGUUUCCUCUUCCUCUGCUGAUGACCAUUACGAAUUUGUUACGAAAGGCAGCCGGGACAGUAGUGAAGGGAGUGAGGUCAGUUUCCACAGCCAUGAGAGCCAUAGUGAGGCAGAGGAGGAGGACAAAAGGCAGAGCCGGAAAGAGACCAAGGAUUCUUUAGCUGACAGCGGGUACACAUCUCAGCACAAGAAACGUCAGCAUUUACUGAAGGCAAAAAAAAUACCAAGUGACACACUGCCUCUUAAAAAGAGACGUACAGAGAAACCCCCUGAGAGUGACGAUGAGGAGAUGAAAGAAGCAGCUGGAUCGCUCUUGCAUUUGGCAGGAAUUCGGUCUUGUUUGAACAACAUCACCAAUCGGACGGCAAAGGGGCAGAAAGAGCAAAAGGACACCACAAAAAAUGAGAACAAAUCCAUUGAUUGAACUUAUAAAACAAUUUCCUUUCAGCACGUCAGGGAAAAAAAAGUGAUGAAGCAAUCAAAAGACCAAUAAGUACAAUAUCAAUGCUUUAGGGUCAUGAGACCUUCACUGGCCAAUAGGUUAAUUUAGUACAGCAAUAAGCCAAUUUUUUUUCUUUCCUUUUUUAUUUUUUUAAUUCUUCUUUUGUUUUUAUGCUGUACUAGGUGUAUGAAACUGCCAGUUUCAUUAACAUAAAAUGAGAACUGUGAUGGGGGGCAUAAACAGUGGUGUUAAGUUGUAUUUGUGUUUACCUAAAUGAGCAGUCGGAAGGCAAGUGCAAUCAGCCGAUCUUUAGGAAAUAUGAAAAAACAAAUUGUUGAUCUAGAGGCAUACUUGCAUUUUACGUUUCUUGAUGUGUAAUCAUAUUGCCAAAGACAAACUCUUUCAUCAGUUAUUAUUGUAAAUAACACUUUCCCAAAUCCUACCAUAAAGUUUCUGUGAUGUAUUGUCUUCCAGUUGCAAUAAAAAUUACUGAGUUGCA